AUGGCCAUACCUGAGCAGAGCGACUUGGAAGCGAGAUAUGCGCAGGAGCGCGACAAGCGAAUGCGGCCGGAGGGCAUGCAACAGUACAGCCGCCUACCAAGCGAACUAGAUACACCACUUUCCCACGACCCUUGGGUGGACCCUGAGCAGAAAGAGACAGGCCCGCUCAAGGAUGGCGACGACAUACAGUUUCUCAUCAUCGGAGCAGGUCACGUGGGGCUGCUCACAGCAGGACGACUGGUCGAGGCGGGCUUCUCGGCCCAGGGCGUGUGUCUAGUAGACGUGGCGGGCGGCUUUGGCGGGACAUGGUACUGGAACCGAUACCCCGGCCUGCAGUGCGAUGUCGAGAGCUACAUCUACAUGCCCUUCCUCGAGGAGACGGGCUACGUGCCCACACGCAAGUACGCAUCGGGCGAGGAGAUCCGCCAGCACUGUGAGCGGGUAGCAGCACACUUUGGGCUACGCGGGCAGUUCUCUACACGGGUGCUGGACACGAAGUGGGACGAGGAACGGCGACGGUGGGUGGUACGCAUGCGAAGGGAGCGCGGGGCGGGCGCGGGCGAAGAGUUUACGGUGCUGACGCAAUUCCUGAUGCCGUCAAGCACUCUCUUCACAGCGCCUCGCAUGCCCAAGCUUCAAGGCUUCGAGGAGCUGCAGGCCAACAUUCCCGUCUUCCACACGGCGCGCUGGGACUACGCCUGCACCGGUGGCUCGCCCGGAAACCCCACGCUCUCCGGCCUCAAAGGCAAGCGUGUCGGCGUCAUGGGCACCGGCGCAACGGCGGUACAGGUGGUGCCUGAGGUUGCGCGCUGGGCUGACCAGCUGUACGUCUUCCAGCGCACGCCUUCAUACUGCGGGCCCCGCAAGCAGAAGCCUACUGACCCAGACGCUUGGUCACGUGAUGUCGCGACGGGCCCCGGCUGGCAGCUCGAACGCAGCCUCAACUUCGACACCUUCUUCGAGGGCCAAAACCAUCCGCCCGAGCACCCCGACCUCGUCGCCGAUGGCUGGACCCAGACGGCACGCAGCUUUGGCGGCUUCAUCGGCGGCCCGCGCCUCGUCACCCCCGACAAGCUCGAUGAACAUGCACGCAAGCUCAAGGAAAUUGACCUGAAGCUGACGGAGGAGGCGCGGGCACACAUUCGCCAGACAGUCACCGAGGACAAGGCCGCUGCUGAGGGCCUGCAGCCCUGGUAUCCCAUGUGGUGCAAACGUCCCGCCUUCCAGGACGACUACCUGCCCACCUUCAACAAGCCCCACGUCACCCUCGUCGACACGGACGGCCACGGCGUCGAGCGCUGCACUUCGCGCGGCAUCGUCGUCAACGGCGUCGAGUAUGAGCUCGAUGUACUGAUUCUCGCCACUGGCUUCUUGCUGGCCACGGGCGAGACGGCUGCCCCCGCCGAGUUCUUUGGCAUUCCCGUCGUUGGCCGCAAUGGUCGCCGCCUCAAGGACAAAUACACCUCGCCUGACUUUGGCACCCUCCACGGCAUCGCCACAAACGGCUUCCCCAACCUGCUAUACGUCGGUAUCGUUGGCGGCCCCGGUUCGCCCAACCUCACCAUUGUCUUCGACCUCGAGGCCAAACACAUUGCCAACGUCUUGAAGGAGGCUGUUCGCCGCGUUCCCGACCCUACAAAGCUUGUUAUUGAGCCCUCGAAACAAGCAGAAGACGCCUGGACAGACCAGGUCGAGCAGCGUGCCCUAUGGUAUUCGCUCGUGCUCGGCUGCACCCCAGGCUACUUCAACCACGAGGGUGCCACGACGCGCGCUGCUAGCGCCAUCCCUGAAAAGCGCCGUCUGGCUAUGCGAAAGGUCCUCUUUGGCGGCGGCACUGCCAUGUAUGAGCGUAUUAUCCGCGAAUACCAUGCCAAGGGCGGCAUUGAAGGUUUUGAAGUCUCGUAA